AGGAGUGAAUUUGCAGCAGGAGAUUGAAUUAAGAAAAAAAUACUUGAAAAGAGAGAAAUGGGGAUUGUGAAGAGAGUUGUUGUAAUGGUAGCCAUGGUUUCAUGCCUUGCCUCUGUUGCUCUCGCUGCGCAAGGGAUUGCCGUUUGGUAUCCAAACAAAUCUGGUCCUGGCAAACCUCCUUAUACUCCUUCAAAGUGCUAUGGGAAUCAAAAUAAUGGAGCAAUGAUUGCAGGUGUAAGUGAUGCACUGUGGAAUAAUGGAGCAGCAUGUGGAAGAAGGUAUAGAGUGAGAUGCAUAGGAGGGGCAAACCUCGCACCCCAUCCUUGCAAACAAGGUACCAGCGUCGUAGUUAAGGUCGUGGAUUAUUGCAGUCGAGGCUGCCAAGGAGAAAUUAAUCUCUCUAGAGAUGCCUUUGCUCAAAUUGCUGAUCCUGAAGCCGGCAUUGUUAAAGUUCAAUAUGAUCAGGUUUGAAGGUUCAGUGUUGAAAGAAGACGUUUAGAAGGAAAGCUACAUAAGUACCAUAAAAUAAGAACCGAAUGAUCAUUAAGUUUGUCUAUUGUCAAACUCAUAUUGAUAUAAUUAUUCUCUCUUUCGACUUUUAUUAUAUAUUGACCUUGCUAUAUAAUUAAAAAACAUAUAUUUUUAUUAUUAAAAGUAUGAUUUAUUUUGUUA